GGCGCUAGAGUGUCUGGAUGGACGAGGCUACCGGGGCCUGCUUGGGUGACCGACCGACCGACUGACUGACUGUGUGUGUGGGGACGCGCGAUGCCGACGGGUUUCUUGUGAGACAAUAUCAGCGUUCAUAUGAAAGGAGCAUCCGUUCUGCAUGACUGUGACAGAAUUUGGAAUGUUGUUUUAUUUCUGCCUCUGAUGGAGGAGUAACCAUAUAUCACAAGGCUGCACUGGACGACUUCACGGAAAAUACAAAAUGUCAUCAAAUAGGAGUCAGAACCCACAUGGACUUAAACAAAUUGGUCUUGACCAGAUAUGGGAUGACCUCAGAGCUGGAAUUCAACAAGUUUAUACAAGGCAAAGUAUGGCAAAGUCCAGAUAUAUGGAACUCUACACUCAUGUUUAUAACUACUGUACUAGUGUACAUCAGUCUAAUCAAGCGCGAGGAGCUGGUGUACCUACUUCUAAGUCUAAAAAAGGCCAAACACCUGGAGGAGCUCAGUUUGUUGGUUUGGAACUAUACAAGCGGCUUAAAGAAUUUCUGAAGAAUUACUUGACAAAUCUUCUUAAGGAUGGUGAAGACUUGAUGGAUGAGAGUGUUUUGAAAUUCUACACUCAACAGUGGGAAGAUUAUAGGUUUUCAAGCAAAGUGCUGAAUGGGAUUUGUGCCUACCUCAAUCGACACUGGGUUCGGCGUGAGUGUGAUGAAGGCCGCAAGGGAAUAUAUGAAAUCUACUCACUUGCACUUGUGACCUGGAGGGACUGCUUGUUCAGGCCAUUAAAUAAGCAGGUAACAAAUGCUGUGCUGAAGCUGAUUGAAAAGGAAAGAAAUGGUGAAACUAUCAACACAAGACUGAUCAGUGGAGUUGUUCAGUCUUACGUGGAGCUGGGGCUGAACGAAGAUGAUACUUUUGCUAAGGGGCCUACACUGACAGUCUACAAAGAGUCCUUUGAAUCUCAGUUUCUUGCUGACACAGAGAGAUUCUAUACAAGAGAAAGCACUGAAUUUCUGCAACAGAAUCCAGUUACAGAAUACAUGAAAAAGGCGGAAGCUCGUCUUCUGGAGGAACAGCGUAGGGUUCAGGUAUAUCUACAUGAGAGCACACAAGAUGAACUAGCACGAAAAUGUGAACAAGUACUCAUUGAAAAACAUUUGGAGAUCUUUCACACAGAAUUUCAAAACCUACUGGAUGCUGACAAAAAUGAAGACUUGGGACGCAUGUAUAACCUUGUGUCCCGAAUCCAGGACGGUCUUGGAGAGCUGAAAAAACUUCUGGAAACGCACAUUCAUAAUCAGGGUCUAGCUGCCAUUGAAAAAUGUGGAGAAGCUGCACUAAAUGAUCCCAAAAUGUAUGUACAAACAGUAUUGGAUGUCCAUAAGAAAUACAAUGCACUGGUCAUGUCUGCUUUCAACAACGAUGCUGGUUUUGUGGCUGCUCUAGACAAGGCUUGUGGUCGAUUUAUAAAUAACAAUGCAGUGACAAAAAUGGCCCAGUCAUCCAGUAAAUCCCCAGAGCUGUUGGCACGGUAUUGUGACUCUUUGCUAAAGAAAAGCUCGAAGAAUCCAGAGGAAGCUGAGCUUGAAGACACACUCAAUCAAGUGAUGGUUGUCUUCAAGUAUAUUGAAGACAAAGACGUGUUUCAGAAAUUCUAUGCCAAAAUGUUGGCAAAGCGGCUUGUACACCAGAACAGUGCGAGUGAUGAUGCUGAAGCAAGCAUGAUCUCCAAACUGAAGGCAACUUGUGGCUUUGAGUAUACCUCAAAACUUCAGAGGAUGUUCCAAGAUAUUGGUGUAAGCAAAGACUUGAAUGAGCAGUUCAAAAAGCACCUGUCCAAUUCGGAGCCGUUAGAUUUGGACUUUAGCAUACAGGUUCUGAGCUCUGGAUCCUGGCCCUUCCAAAUGUCUUGUGCGUUUGCUCUCCCCUCUGAGCUGGAACGCAGUUACCAGAGAUUUACUGCUUUUUAUGCUAGUCGCCAUAGUGGAAGAAAAUUGACCUGGUUGUAUCAGCUAUCCAAAGGGGAACUAGUUACCAAUUGCUUCAAAAACAGAUACACGUUACAGGCAUCUACAUUCCAGAUGGCAAUUCUACUGCAGUAUAACACAGAAGAUGCUUAUACAGUUCAGCAGCUGACAGACAGUACUCAGAUAAAAAUGGAUAUUUUAGCACAGGUUCUACAGAUUUUGCUAAAAUCAAAGUUGCUGGUUUUGGAAGAUGAAAAUGCAAAUGUUGAUGAAGUGGAGUUGAAACCAGACACCUUAAUAAAACUGUAUCUUGGUUACAAAAACAAAAAACUGCGGGUGAAUAUAAAUGUGCCAAUGAAGACUGAGCAAAAGCAGGAGCAGGAAACUACACACAAGAACAUAGAAGAAGACAGGAAACUACUGAUCCAGGCUGCUAUUGUAAGGAUUAUGAAGAUGAGAAAGGUUCUUAAACAUCAGCAGUUGCUUGGAGAAGUGCUCACACAGCUGUCAUCAAGAUUCAAGCCACGAGUUCCAGUAAUAAAGAAAUGCAUUGACAUUCUAAUAGAGAAGGAGUACUUGGAGCGUGUGGAUGGUGAGAAGGACACCUACAGUUACUUGGCUUAACAGUUUUUAGCGGUUGUCUCUAUGACACUCAAAUAGUUACACGAUUGAAAGAAAGAGAAUGGAACUUGUUGGCCUGCUGCCGUCUGGACCUCCAUUUUUAUAACUGAGACCAGGACUUCCAUCCGCUAGUCUUGGAAUUACAUCAGACCUGCUCAGGAUUGAUACAUUUCAAGUAUGUAAAUAUGGACACCAAUGCCAUUUAACCUAAUUUAAGAACAGAACGGAAUCUGAAACCUUCUCCACUGGAGGUUGCAUGCUACUGCAUUUAAAUCAAUACAUUGGCUAUACAACAAAAAGCUGUUGCCCCAGGCAGCACUUAUACAUGUUGGCAGCACUUUGAGAGUCUAACUUGGGCCCAUGUGUAAUCUGCUAUGAAAAAUCAUUUGUAUAGUGUGUUUCAUUUUUUAAUGUGUGAAAUAAAAAAUAAAAAAUUUCUGUACAAGUUG